AUGUCGUCGGCGGUGGAAGUGGCCAUCUCUUGCUCCAAGACCGUCGACAUCGCGCCGGCCGCGCCGGAGGAGGUGAAGGACCGCGCGGUGGUGCUGGAGCACGGCAACGGCGACUGUGCCGCCGCCGCGACGAACGGGAAGAAGUGCGCCGAGGCGGCGCCGCAUUGCCGCAAGGCCGAGGAGGAGGAGGAGGACGAGGACGGCGAGAAGGUCCCCGAGCACAUCGACCUCGGCCCCAUCCUCAGCAUCAAGGACCAGCUCGAGAAGGACAAGGAUGACGAGAGCCUGAGGAGGUGGAAGGAGCAGCUCCUCGGCAGCGUGGAUUUGAACUCCGUCGGAGAGACGCUGGAGCCGGACGUGAAGAUCAUGAGCCUGUCCAUCCAGUCCCCGGGGCGGCCGGACAUCGUCCUGCCGCUGCCGGUGGAGCCCAACGCCAAGGGCGUGUGGUUCACACUCAAGGAGGGCUCCAUGUACAAGCUCAAGUUCACCUUCUCAGUCAGCAACAACAUCGUCUCCGGCCUCCGCUACACCAACCGCGUCUGGAAGACCGGCAUCAAAGUGGACAGCACCAAGGAGAUGCUCGGCACGUUCAGCCCCCAGCCGGAGGAGUACACCUACGUCACGCCGGAGGAGACCACGCCGUCGGGGAUGUUUGCCAGGGGAUCAUACUCUGCCAGGACAAAGUUCCUCGACGACGACCGGAAGUGCUACCUGCAGAUCGACUACACAUUCGACAUACGCCGGGACUGGCCGUCGUCGAGCUGAGCCUUUCCCGUGAGCCAGCUCGUGGCCGGCCUGCCUGGGUUUACAGUCACCGUUGAAGCAGAGGGUCGUCGUCUUUGUUUCGUUUGCCUUUGCCUUUUCCCUUUUUCUUUUUUUCCCCUUCUUAUUACUGUCGCUAUUAGGGUUAUGUUCUAGUGUGCCUGCGUGUAUAUUUUCUCUUCUGUUCCGCUGUGCUGCGUUAACAAACGUCGUAGAAUCCGUCAGUGUGUUUGAGCUUUGCCGGGUUCUGGUUCCCGAUCGAACUGUAUGCUGACUUCAUGUAAUGCACCAGAGCAACGCCCAGCUUCAUGCGCCUCGUCUUCGUGUAAUGCUCAGAACAGAGUAUCUGUCACUCAC